ACGGGUGCGCUGCUUGCGCCGGCAACCUCACGUACACCCGCCGCUAUGGACGGUCCCACAACACCAUAUGGACAGGACUACGGCCGUCCGCCUGCAUACGAUGACGACCAAGACAGUGCAGGACGUCCGACGCAAGGGGGCUCGACAAUGCGCUUGUUGACAAACGUCGACGACGCACAAGGUUACGCCUCGAAAGCUUCCAAUCCUGAAUCAGCGUCGCUUCUCUUCACCAUGGACUCUAACGUGGGCGAGCUGGGUGACCAGCGCUCCAAGUCCGAAGUAGGCAGACAGGCGGCUGCUGAAGCGGGCAUUGUUGACUUAUUGCGUGAGGCCGACGCUGCUCUCUCCGGCAGCGCCGCGCCACCACGUUCUUCCCCAGCUGCUUUGAAGCGCAAACCCCUCGAGUCGCGGCUCCGAGACCCCAUCUCCCCCCUCAAGGCGCAGACGAAGGCGCAGACGAAGACGCAGAACGAACAUGGCUUACCCCCGGCGCCUUCGGUGCUGGACAAUGCACCCAACAUGCCUCCUCCAUCGACCGUUGAGGACUCUUACAACCCCUACAGAGCUUCACCCGAACGAUCCUCUCCGACUCGUUCCUACUCGCCAACACGCACAUCUGCCGACUACGCUCGUCCGCCCGCCUCUACCAACGCCUACGAACCAGUCGACUUGAACGGCAGUCCGCGUCCAGGCACUCCUUCUUCAAGGUACGGCGGCGGUCGUCCGGGAAGCCCCAAGCGACCUCUGCCCCCGGCGCCCUUGUUUGCAGGUGGCAGGCCCAUCUCGCGCGACUCGAAUGCAACGUUGGAUAUGAGCUCGAUACCAAUGGACGAGGACGACCCGUUCACCGACAUUGGUGAAAAUCGGCCUGAUUUGAAUUCCCGAGAUUCGUACAUGACCGAAGACACAUUCACCGACGGAUACACGGAUAUCGACGAGAAGGCCGACCACUAUGGUCCAGCGCCUGAUUCCGCUCAACCACGCCGUGGUGCUCGCGAAGCUCUUAUGACUAGGAAAGAAGUUCGGUUGAUCAACGGCGAACUGAUUCUGGAAUGCAAAAUCCCUACAAUUCUGUACAGUUUUCUACCGCGGCGCGACGACACCGAGUUUACCCAUAUGCGAUACACCGCUGUGACAUGCGAUCCCGAUGAUUUCGUUGACAGGGGCUACAAGUUACGCCAAAACAUUGGAACCACUACUCGCGAAACCGAAUUGUUCAUCUGUAUCACCAUGUACAAUGAAAAUGAGAUCGAUUUUACACGAACCAUGCACGGUGUCAUGCGCAACAUUAGCCAUUUUUGCUCACGAGCGAGGUCACGAACAUGGGGCAAGGACGGUUGGCAGAAGAUUGUCGUUUCCGUGAUUGCUGAUGGACGUCAAAAAGUACAUCCCCGUACUCUUGACGCUCUAGCAGCAAUGGGCUGCUUCCAAAAGGGCAUUGCCAAAAACCACGUCAAUCAACGUGAAGUCACUGCUCACGUGUACGAGUACACAACCCAGGUGUCCUUAGAUUCCGAUCUUAAGUUUAAGGGUGCUGAGAAGGGAAUCGUGCCAGUUCAGAUGAUAUUCUGUCUUAAAGAAGGAAAUCAGAAAAAGCUCAACUCUCAUCGAUGGUUCUUCAACGCCUUUGGUCGAGCCUUGAACCCGAACGUCUGUAUCUUAUUGGACGUCGGUACUAAGCCAGGUCCUAAAGCCUUAUAUCAUCUGUGGAAGGCCUUCGACAACGAUUCAUCCGUAGCAGGCGCUGCUGGUGAAAUCAAGGCCGGAAAAGGAAAAGGCUGGCUCGGCCUGCUCAAUCCUUUGGUUGCCUCCCAAAAUUUUGAAUACAAAAUGUCUAAUAUUCUUGACAAGCCUUUGGAGUCUGUAUUUGGGUAUAUUACAGUCUUGCCUGGAGCGCUUUCAGCGUAUCGUUACCACGCCUUACAGAAUGACCAUACUGGACAUGGCCCGCUCAGCCAGUACUUCAAGGGUGAGACGCUUCACGGUCAGGACGCGGACGUUUUCACCGCCAAUAUGUAUUUGGCCGAAGAUCGUAUCCUGUGUUGGGAGCUUGUGGCGAAGCGCAGUGAGCAAUGGGUCUUGAAAUAUGUAAAAGCGGCAACAGGUGAAACCGAUGUACCAGACACCGUCCCCGAAUUCAUCUCACAGCGGCGUCGCUGGCUUAACGGUGCUUUUUUCGCUGCCGUCUACUCAUUGCUCCACUUCAAGCAAGUCUGGACCACCGACCAUACCAUUUGGCGCAAAACCCUUCUCCACAUCGAAUUCGUCUAUCAAUUCGUCUCGCUCAUGUUCACCUUUUUCUCUCUGGCCAACUUCUACCUCACCUUCUUCUUCAUUGCGGGUUCCUUGGCCGACCCACAGAACGAUCCUUUUGGUCACAACGUCGGAAAAUACAUUUUCUACAUCAUGCGGUAUACUGUCGUGCUUCUUAUUUGCAUGCAGUUUAUUCUAUCCAUGGGCAAUCGACCUCAAGGAGCGAAGAAGAUGUUCCUAUCGAGUAUGACAGCUUACUGUGUCAUCAUGGCAUACACCACAUUCGCCUCGAUAUACAUUGUGAUCAAGCAACUGCGGGACCCCGACCAACCCAAAUCGAUAGGCAACAACGUUUUCACCAAUCUGAUUGUGUCGACCGCAUCCACAAUUGGCCUUUAUUUCCUCAUGUCGUUCAUGUAUCUGGAUCCAUGGCACAUGUUCACCUCAUCCGCUCAAUAUUUUGCGCUCCUUCCUUCCUACAUUUGCACCCUACAAGUGUACGCCUUCUGCAACUUGCACGAUGUGACGUGGGGAACCAAGGGCGACAACGUCGCAAAAACCGAUCUAGGAGACGCCAAAGGAAAAAAGGGCAACGUGGUCGAACUUGAGAUGCCGUCCGAGCAGCUGGAUAUCGACUCCGGCUAUGACGAGGCUCUCCGUAACCUCCGUGAUCGCAUUGAAGUGCCCGCAUCCACCACCUCCGAAGCUCAAGCGCAAGAGGACUACUACCGCGCAGUACGUACCUACAUGGUGGUCAUCUGGCUGAUCUCCAAUGCAGUCCUUGCCAUGGCCAUCUCGGAGGCUUUCUCAGGCAAACAUAUUGGCUCCAAUUUCUAUCUCAAGUUCAUCCUCUGGGCUGUCGCUGGCCUAGCCCUCUUCCGCGCUCUCGGAUCCACAACUUUCCUGAUCAUCAACUCCAUUCACACCAUCAUGGAGACCAAGCUCAAGUGGGAAGACAAGAUGGAUGGCAAGAGCAAGACUGGGUUGGGUGGCGGCAUUGGGAAGAAGAGGUUUGGAAAAGGGUGGGGUGGUGGCGGAUCCAGUUGGUGGUCGGGCAGCUCCAUUGGGUCCAAAGUGUCGAGCUGGACGCCUAGUUCAUGGAGUGGGAGUUCGAGGGGAUAAACCAUUCCUUCUCAGCGUUUGGCUUGGGAACCGAUUUUCCCCUUUUGCUUUCUUUUUGCAUGGCUCCACCGUUUCUGGUGGAUUCGUUUUUGAUACCAUUGUCGACCUCUACGGAGAUUUCGAUCAGUCUUGUUUGUGUUCUUGUUCUGGU